AUGAUCUCGACAAGGCAAAUUGCCCGGGUCGGGAGACUGCUCACCGGGUCUCGAUCUCUGGCUACUGUUAGCGACUCCCCUCUCGAUAAGAAGGUCGAGAUGACCAAUUGGGAAAAGGGCCAUUACAUCAACUACAAGAAAAUGUCAGAGAAUCUGGCUAUUGUUAGAUCCCGGCUGAACAAGCCUCUCACGUACGCUGAGAAAAUUCUCUACUCUCAUCUUGAUGAUCCCCAUGGCCAGGAGAUCGAGCGUGGCAAGAGCUACCUCAAGUUGCGCCCUGAUCGUGUGGCUUGCCAGGAUGCUACAGCGCAAAUGGCCAUCCUUCAAUUCAUGUCUGCCGGAAUGCCCUCAGUUGCGACUCCCACUACCGUGCACUGCGAUCACUUGAUUGAAGCUCAAGUUGGUGGCGAGAAAGACCUUGCCAGGGCGCAACAGAUCAACAAAGAGGUUUACGACUUCUUGUCCAGCUCUUGCGCGAAGUACGAUAUCGGUUUCUGGAAGCCUGGAUCUGGUAUUAUCCACCAGAUUGUGCUGGAAAACUACGCCUUCCCCGGUGGUUUGAUGAUUGGCACUGACUCUCACACUCCUAACGCUGGUGGUCUUGGCAUGGCUGCCAUCGGAGUUGGCGGAGCCGAUGCCGUUGACGUUAUGGCAAACCUUCCCUGGGAGCUCAAGGCCCCCAAAGUUAUCGGCGUCCGCUUGACUGGCGAGCUGUCUGGAUGGACUUCCCCCAAAGAUGUUAUUCUUAAGGUUGCUGGUAUCCUCACCGUCAAGGGCGGUACCGGCGCAAUUAUUGAGUACCACGGUCCUGGUGUGAGCUCCCUCUCCUCCACCGGUAUGGGUACUAUUUGCAAUAUGGGUGCCGAGAUCGGUGCCACGACUUCGCUCUUCCCUUUCAAUGAUCGCAUGUACGAUUAUCUUGCUGCCACGAAGCGCAAGGAAAUUGGCGACUUUGCUCGAGUCUAUGCCAAGGAGCUCCACGAGGAUGAUGGCGCUGAGUACGACGAGCUCAUUGAGAUCAACCUUUCUGAGCUUGAGCCCCACAUUAACGGGCCGUUCACACCUGACUUGGCUACCCCGAUUUCCCAGUUCAAGGAGGCCGUUGACGCAAACAAAUGGCCUGAGGAGUUGAAGGUCGGUCUGAUUGGCUCGUGCACCAAUUCUUCGUAUGAAGACAUGUCCCGUGCUGCGUCCAUUGCUCGAGAUGCACUUAAUCACGGAGUUAAAGCGAAGUCUACUUUCACCGUGACUCCGGGAUCUGAGCAGAUUCGUGCUACUAUUGAACGUGACGGUCAACUUCAGACUCUUGAGGAGUUUGGUGGUAUGGUCCUGGCAAAUGCUUGCGGUCCCUGCAUUGGUCAGUGGGAUCGCCGUGACGUGAAAAAGGGCGAGCCUAACUCGAUCAUCUCCUCCUACAACCGAAAUUUCACUGGUCGCAAUGAUGCCAACCCUGCAACCCAUGCCUUUGUUACCUCUCCCGACCUUGUCGUUGCAAUGACCUUGGCUGGAACCCUGAAAUUUAACCCCCUUACCGACACUCUCAAGGACAAGGAUGGCAACGACUUCUUGCUCUCCCCUCCUCAGGGUGAUGGUUUACCGGCAUCGGGUUACGAUCCGGGCCGAGACACUUACCAGGCCCCUCCUGCAGACCGCGAGUCUAUCAAUGUCGCUGUCUCCCCUUCUAGUGAUCGCCUCCAGAUCCUUUCUCCCUUUAAGGCCUGGGAUGGCAAUGAUGCCCUUGAUAUUCCCAUCUUGAUCAAGGCUCAGGGAAAGACUACAACCGAUCAUAUCUCAAUGGCCGGCCCAUGGCUCAAGUACCGCGGUCACCUUGAUAACAUCUCCAACAACAUGCUGAUUGGUGCUGUCAAUGCUGCGAAUGGCGAAGCAAACAAUGUUCAGAACUUCGCCACUGGCGAAUUCGAUGCCGUCCCUGCAACUGCCAGAGACUACAAGAAGCGGGGAGUCAAGUGGGUAGUUAUUGGCGACUGGAACUACGGCGAAGGAAGCUCGCGCGAACAUGCGGCGCUCGAACCACGACACCUUGGCGGUCUUGCCAUCAUCACCAGAAGCUUCGCUCGUAUCCAUGAAACGAACUUGAAGAAGCAGGGAAUGCUUCCUCUUACAUUCUCUGACCCUGCCGAUUACGAUAAGAUCAACCCGGAUGACAAGGUUGACCUUCUUUGCACCGAACUCGCUGUUGGCAAGCCCAUCACUCUGAGGGUGCACCCCAAGGAUGGAAAGACUUGGGAAGCGAAGCUUUCACACACCUUCAACGAAUCCCAGAUCGAGUGGUUCAAGGAUGGCAGCGCGCUGAACACCAUGGCCAAGGCGCACCAAUCUUAA